AUGUUUGACAUGGCCAAUUCCUGUAUUACAACUAGUGAAGAGAGAAGGGUAAAGAAUGCAAAUUUACCAAAGAUUUAUUAUGCAGGCGAAAGAAAGGCGAGUGCGAAGUACACGCAACAGGAUAGGGAUACCGAAGACUCCGACUGGGAGACUCCCAGGGAGAGUAAACCCAAAGAAGCUCGAUUCCCCUCAGGGAAUCCGGAAGAACUCCGUCACAUAGGGGAGAUACUAGACGCUUUAAGGGCUUCGUGCAACUAUGGAGGCAAAGUGGAACGUAUUCUGGAAGAGCUAGAGCUAAGACUCCACCUCCAGGCAUGGGGCCAUGACAUGGCACCCAGUAUAAGGGUUUAUUGUUUAGCUAUAGGUAUCUCUGAUAUUAAGUUCCCUAACUUAGCAGAAGCAAGGAGGGCACUGGUAGAGCUGAGUAGACGUCUGUUUGCGGAAGAGUCAAGAAACCAAGGAAGAGGAUGGACAGAGGUAAAACCUGAUGUUAUAGAGCGUUUCGAGAGUACUCGGAACUACAAGCCGUACCAGUUUCCCCGGAGACCCGAACGAGUGUCCGAAUGGGAAGUUUGGUUGAGUAGAGUCGCCACAGCCAUAAUGAUGGAACUUACCACAUUCCCUGAGCUGAAGGCCGAAAUUAUGGAAGCACCGGAGAAAUAUCCAUGGGGCUGGGAUGAAGUGAAGUUCAACCAACAUUCCAAGGAAGUACUCAAACAACUUUGGAAAACCAUGCAGGAGUAUAUACGAAUAAUGGCUCCGAGAGAACGUAACCCGGAGACUAAAUCGUCGCCCAAGAACAAGUCCAAAUCCAGUCGAUCCACAGUAGUAUGCACCAAGUGCAAGCGAAAAGGCCAUUCUCAAGAGACGUGCUACGCCAAGACGCGAGACGCGCAAGAUCGACAAAAGGAGUCCUCUGCAGGCCGGGCGACGGGAAAAGAGGCCGCUUGGAAGACACUGGCUCGGAUGGGAACUGCAGACAGCAUGGCUCUUGUAGACACGGGGGCAUGUGCCACAAUACUGAGAAAGGAAGUGUAUACAGAGCUAAAACAAGAAGUUGGCGUAAUGGGAGAAGGGUCGGCAGGGAAGGCUUGCGGCCGCGGGCGAGAAGUGGCAUGCGGGCCUGCAGAGGGGCGGCUUAGUAGAUGGCGCGCGCUGGAGGGAGUCUGCCCGGAAGAUCUAGCUGGAAGGGGGCGGCAGGCAUGCAGGCCCGGCGAGGAUGCGAAAUAG